AUGACGUCCAUGCUGCUGCUGUGUACUGCCGUCUUCCUACUGCAUCUCAGCGAGACCUGCGCCGAAAUACCUGUGCCCGAGGCACCAGCAGGUUUCACGAUCGGGAGGGGAAGUGCCAGUGCGGAAGUCCAGCUCGAAGCGUUCAUUGACCCGCUCUGUCCCUUCAGCAAGGCCGCGUACAACGGAGUGAAGGCUUUGGCGGACCACUACGAGCCCAGCGACGUUCGUGUCAAGAUGGUGGUGUUCCCGCUCCCCUUCCGUCAACACGGAUUCGCGGCGGCUCAAUCUGCUUUCGCUGUCACAUCGGCACUUGGUGACGGCUUCUUCGCGCCGUGGCUUGAGGCACUGUACGAGCACCAAGAACGCUUUUGGGAUCCGGCAACAAAAGACGCGAGCGCGACGCAAGUGAGGAGCCAGCUGUACGAUGUGGCGAAAAAGACGUUUCCAAGUCUCACGGACAAACAAUGGGAGGAAGGCAUGACGACCAACGGGACUGCUGAAGCGCGUCGACGCACGCGCGUCACGUGGAAGUACGCGUGUACUCGCACCGUCACGGGCACACCGCAAUACAUCUUGAACGGCGUACCAUUUGCCGAAGCUGACUCGUCAUGGAAACUCAACGACUGGCUCAACGUCAUCGAGCCGCUGGUCCAGGCGAACAGAGCUUGGACGGUCAGCACGUCUGCUUGGUCUGGUCGCGCUGCGGUGGAUGAGAUUGCGACUCACGCCGUGUCCAAUGUGACCCAAGUUCUUGCCGUACGUAGUAGCUGA